CGGGGGGCAGGCACCCCGGAGAGCCCUGAGCGCCCCGCGUCUUGCAAACUUUCUGAACUUUAACCCCUUGCAAUGAAACUUUCCAGGCGUGGUGUCUGCAUCAAGGUUUCAUUUUCCUUCACCAAUACUUCAAGGCACAGAGGAGCUGGUAAAGGCAUUGCCAUGAAACCUAACUUGAAGCAAUGGAAACAACUCAUGCUGUUUGGGAUCUUUGCAUGGGGUCUGCUUUUUCUGGUGAUAUUCAUCUAUUUUACAGAUAGCAACACUGCUGAACCAGUUCCAAGUUCCUUUUCUUACAUUGAAACUAAGAGGCUUCUACCCCUUCAAGGCAAACAGAGAGUCAUCAUGGGAGCUAUUCAUGAUCCAUCGUUCUCUGAAACCAUCGAUGGGAAUGAGGUACUUCUUAAUGAAGAUCUCUUAGGUACGUUUAAAUCAAGGACUGGAAGCAUUAAGAAAUGGACUGAUUUGGAAGAUGCUUUUAGAAAUGAAGAUGAGUUUUUUCCGUCUCAGAUAGGAAGAAAAUCAAAAAGUGCUUUCUACCAAGUGAAUGACGAUUAUUUAUUUGCUGCUGGUCAGCCUUGGUCACACAACCACCUUCCAGAGAUAGCAAAAUUCAUCUCGGCCAAUGAGGACAAUCCAAAAGUAAAUAUUUUACAGAACAACUGGAGCCAUCAGAGAAGAAUGAGGAGAAGGAGCACAAAGCACAGGAGAAGCCAGAUGCUUGAUGAAUCUGAUGACUGGGAUGGGCUAUAUUCCACAAUGUCGAAAUCCUUUCUUUAUAAGCUUUGGAAAGGGGAUGUCUCUUCCAAGAUGCUAAACCCUCGACUGCAGAAGGCGAUGAAAGAUUAUUUGAGUACCAAUAAGCAUGGGGUGCGGUUCAAGGGGAAGCGAAACUCCAAGUUGACAGGAGACCAGCUAUUCUGUGAGCUAAAAGAAAGGGUGAAUGUGAAAACAAUAGAUGGCAAGGAGGCUCCCUUCUCCACUCUUGGAUGGGAAAAGCACGUUCCCCAAAUUCCACUGGGUAAAUUGUAUACACAUGGCUUUGGGAGCUGUGCCGUAGUUAUGUCUGCUGGUGCAAUACUGAACUCCUCUCUCGGGGAUGAAAUAGAUUCUCAUGAUGCUGUUCUACGAUUUAAUUCUGCUCCAACACGUGGCUAUGAAAAAGAUGUUGGGAAUAAAACAACCAUGCGGAUCAUUAACUCUCAGAUUCUCACCAAUCCAAACCACCACUUUGUCGACAGUUCCUUGUACAAAGAUGUUAUCUUGGUAGCCUGGGAUCCUGCCCCCUACUCUGCAAAUCUGAACGUGUGGUAUAAGAAGCCGGACUACAAUCUGUUCACUCCUUAUGUACAGCACCGCAGGAAGAAUCCAAACCAGCCGUUUUACAUUCUCCAUCCAAAGUUUAUAUGGCAGCUCUGGGACAUCAUUCAGGAGAACACUAAAGAGAAGAUACAGCCCAACCCUCCUUCUUCAGGUUUUAUAGGUAUCCUCAUCAUGAUGUCCAUGUGUAAUGAAGUGCAUGUGUAUGAAUACAUCCCUUCAGUCCGACAGACCGACCUGUGUCACUACCAUGAACUCUACUACGAUGCAGCUUGUACCUUGGGGGCCUACCACCCACUGCUCUACGAGAAGCUGUUGGUGCAGAGGAUGAACAAAGGUUUGCAGGAUGAUCUGUACCGGAAAGGGAAGGUCAUUUUGCCAGGGUUCAAAGCUGUCAAGUGCCCCGAACGAAAUAAUUUCCCACACUUGUAGAAGAGAGUCCUUCAGAAACAAUGUGCAAUAAGGUACUACUGUCGUACUAUAAACAAGAAGGGAAUACUUGAAAAAUGUUUCUUAGACCGAUCUAGUCUUGAGUCUAUAAAUUGUAAUUAAGUAGCAGGCAUGAGGAAUACUUCUUUUCUGAGCCUGAGUAUUUAUUACUGCUUUGCAAAUAGUUAAAAAAAAAGGCUUAGCUCAUGAAAGAUGCAAAGGAUAUACUUAGGCAGAAAUAUAAUGUAUUGUUGUGGGUGUGACUGUCAGAAUUUGUCAGUGGUCUCCUAUGCCACAUAUGCUAGACUGUAUUUUUUUUUUUUUAAAUGAACUUCUUUAACUGUUAAACCUGGCAUUGUGAAACAGCCUCUAUUGUUCAUGUACAGAGCGGCCAGUUGAACAAUGCAGUGUUUCUCAUGGCACCACGGGAUUUUCACACUCUCCAGGAAUGAAGUAAUCACUACUCCGAACUAUGAAGUCACUGACUAGAGCAUACUUUAAUUCCCAUUCACAUGCAGGCUCAGUUGCAGACCUCCAAGUGUAUAGGGGGCAUUAUGAUGGAUAUGAAGUCAGUGCAGAGGGAGAUGGCUCUACAUACAGCUAAACCAGUUAAAAUACUGGACGUACUUUUGGUGCCAGACCCCCAUGCUCACACUGACUGCAUAGGGCAGAGGGAAGAGAGAAAUGUCUCAUUUCUUUAGAGAGCGACAAAUAUGUUUGUAACCCAUUCAGGGAAAAACUCUCCUUGGGAGGCCUAUCAAGAGUGUGUGAGUGAGAUGGGAAAGAUGCCUUCCCCUGGUCUGCACAGAUAAAGAAGAUCAAGAGAAAGCCAAGAGAGGCUGUGCAGCACAUCACCCUGAAAGCGAGCGUAGAGCGAGCUCACCUUUCUGCAGCAAAGAUAGUAUUCAGGAUUACAGACUUCAUUUGUUAGGUAUUUCAUUGGGAUCUGAAUUGGACUCACUUGUUCACAAGUUACUGCUGUUAAGAAAGUAUAGAGAGCUUUCUCAGAAGAGAAGAGGAUAUCAGCGUAUUUCAUUUAACAUUUGAAAGACCCCAGAGAAGCUGUAAUGCCUGCAAAAACCUGACUACGGAUUGCAUAUGGAGAUAAUUUGAUAUUUUCCUUCAUAACACACAAUGAGAAUAUUCUCUAAGGCACUUCUAAAAAUUCUGCCUGGUUGCUAAUGUAUUUAUAGCAUUAUUUUUCAGGGCAAGAUUUGAGUUUCAGAUUUUCCAAGUGGCCGGAGAUUAAUGUUUUGGGUUUGUUUUUUUUUUUUUUCACACAACUGUACCCUUUCUUGUAGGGCAAAUUCAGCAGGAACACAUGCACACAAAAGCACAGCUAUAUCCUACUCAUGUCCAUUCAGUAAAAGGGCAGACAGCUCAAAGAGGCACUGAAAAGAAUAGCUGAGUGACAGUGGUGAAAAGUAUUUUUUGUGUUUUGUCUUAAGCAACAGAAAGGCAAUUGAAGAGUGCACACAAUAUUAAUGACUAUUUCCUCUAUAGUAGUAAUGUAAGUAUAAUCACAGAAUCCUUUUUCUCUCACUCUGCUCUUUGAUUCUGAUGAUUUUCCUUCCUCAAAAGUGAAGAAUCUGUGUCUUACAUAGGACUUCUUUUCCCAUGUAGUCUCUUAAUUUGGGUUUAUUAAUUCUUGUAUGAUUCCUUUUGUUGACAGAAAAUAUGUCCAGAUGAUCUAAAAACUGUAAUUCUGUAUUGUGUGGAUAGUUAUGUCCAUAAAUCGUUUUGGUACAUGUUAAAUUGAUAAGUUUUACUCAUAUUAGACUUAGACUCUGGAUAUAUUACAUACCGAUUUCUUUUUAAUGUUAUGUAUGGCGGCAACUUUUAUUCUUUAAAUUAAUAACACUGUUAUUUAAUCUUGUGGAGAACAGAUAAUCUAUACAGAACUAAUCUAUUUUUCCAUAUGUUUGGAAAAAACAUAUGACGUUUGAACAGUGCAAUCAAACAUGUCUCUCUUUGCUGUACGCUGGGUUAGCUGCCGCAUGUUUGUAAAGGAAGGGAGUUGAUCAGCUUUCUAGGAGUAGUGAACAUGCUACUUUUUAAACUGGCAAUUCUCAAGUUCUGAAAA